AUGAUUGGUGUCUUCAUCAGACCCUCAAUUGAUGGCGAUGAUAUCAAGGUAGAAGCAACGGUGACUUUAAAGCCCGUUGACCCCACCGGUGAGUUGGCGCCGUUUCCUCCCCAUAGUUUUACACACGUCUAUGUUGGCAGGAACUGCGAUGGCUGGGGGUGGGGGAAUUUCAUCAGCGCAAAAUCUGCCAACUCACAUUACGUUGGACAUGACGGCUCAUUCACGAUACAGUGCCAAGUCAAGGUACACACAGAGUCCUGCACUAGUAGCACCAUGGGCGUAGGCACAAUCAUUGUUGUGCCACCGUCGAAUUUCGCAUGGCAUCUUGAGCAGUUGUUGGUGAUGGAGGAAGGCUCGGACGUGAAGUUCCUGGUCGAGGACAGUGAGAUCCGUGCGCACGGGCUUGUGAUAGCCACGCGGUCGCCGGUGCUACAUGAGGCAGUGGAAUCGGCUAGCGGCACUGACCAUGUAAGGAUCGACGGAAUAAGAGCCAUGGCUUUCAAGGCCAUGCUCCACUUCAUCUACACCGACGAGUUGCCUCAUGUCGACGACCUAGUCCCUGCGGACGGAGAUUCUACAAUGAUGGCUGGAGAAAUGCUUGCGGCGGCGUGCCGGUUCCGACUAGAGAGGAUGAAGCGGCUGUGCAUAAACUUGCUGGCCGAGAAUGUCGUGACGGUGCUGAGCGCGCUAGCCACGGUGAAGGUAGCACGACGUCACAACUGCCCGGAGCUGGAGGAAUACUGUAGGCAGUACAUGUCGUUGCCAAACGUGGCCAAUAAAGUCACAGAAACUUGUAUCAACCUGUUCCUGGAAUCUCAACUAGCUUAG